AUGUUCGAUCUGUCGUAUAAAUCACAAAAACGAAUCAAAAAACGAAAAAGAUGGCUAUUUCACGCCACGGACUUUCAAUCGUUGAUGUAUCUCAAUUUCAUUUUUUGCAAGAUUCUAGGAAUAUUUCCAUACAAUGUCACGGUUUCGACUUUUGAGAUUUCCAAACCCCAAUACGUUCUGUGGACUAUUAUUACCUGUGCCAUUUGCAUUUAUGAGCUAAUAAUGUUCUAUAAACUCAAUUUUUCUGGAAGAGUCAGACUUGAAGUACCCAAGACUAUUUCGUAUAAUUUCCAUUUUAUACUUGGAGCAUUCGCAGCAAUUGUCUGGUAUGUUUUGAGCGGCCCACGAAUACGUUUGCUCCAGACUGUACAAGAAAUUUCAUCAAGAUUGCCCCCGGAGUCAUAUCAGAAGCUCUCCAAGCUAAUUCAUGCAAAAGAUAUCAUCGCUUUUUUCUUUCUGUUAUGUCAAUUGUUAAUGUUACCUUUAAAUUCUUCUGAGAUGGCUAUUGAUACUAUGUUGGAGCCAUUGAGACUAUACAUCGCUAUGAUAGUGUUUCAAAUGGAUAUGCUAUAUAUGAAUUGCGUUUGUGUCUUAAAAGCCUGUUUCAAAGAAAUUAAUAACACUCUGGGGAAUCUACGGGAACUCGUGAUGAAUGAUAUCUCUAAACGAAUCUAUCAUGAGCAAAGACAUCCAUUCAUGCUAACAGAACUCAAAGCUGUCAAGAAACAACAUCUGAUGGUCAGUGGCACAGUACAAAUGCUGAAUAUAAUCUUCAGCCUGCAGCUUCUCGUUACCAUAAUGGUAGUUUUCAAGCAGAUCACUUUUUUCCUGUAUUUUCAUAUAGUGCAGUGGCAAGACGGAUUAUCCAUUAAUCUGGAUAAGCAGAUUCGCAAUGAAUUUUUUGUAUCAUACAUUAUAUAUUAUUUUAUAAGAAUAACGUUAAUAGUGUGGGCCUGCGAAACCGGCAAGAAUCAAGCAGUAGAAAUCGGCACUACCGUUCACGAUGUGCUUAAUAUCAUCAGUGAUGAGCAAAUGAAACAUGAGUUGCAGCUGUUUUCCUUGCAAAUAUUGCAAUGCGAUAAUACUUUCUCCGCGAAAGGUCUCACUGUGAAUGCUGCACUUCUCACUACGAUGGCGAGUAGUAUCACUACGUAUCUAUUAAUUUUAAUACAAUUCUUGGGUAUCUCGCAUUCUUGUGAUGGACAGACUGUAAUCAAUAUUACAGAAACAAUUUAA